ACCUGAGUGGGUGGGGGAGUGGAUUAGCAGAAGAGAGAGAAGACUUCCCGUCUGAUUCCUUCCUGCAGGGGACUACAGACUGUGGGGGCUCCAGCCGUGGUCCUGGCAUCUCUUCACAUAUCCUUUUGACUCUGCUUGAGGCCUGUCUCCCCUCCCUACAUCUCCCUUCACCCUGGCUUAACAUUAUUUGUUUUUAUUUGUUGGGGGUUUCAGAGGGCCAGGGAGAGACAACUGCCUUUCCUUCCUUCUAAACAGCAUGUAGCCCCCCCCACAAACACACCCACUCACACACCAACAGUGAGGCUUCUUUAGUACCCAAUUCAUGCAGAACAAAAGGGAGCAGCCUGUUGAUGGGUGGGUACCUUGAUGACUGGCUGCGCUGUGCCUUACAGGGCCAGGGAGGCAUCUUGCCCACUGCCCCAAAGCCACCCAGCCUCUGUUUGCUCUUCAGACCUGUCUCUCUGACACCCAGCUCAUCUCUAUUCUCAUAUGACCAUUAGUCACCAAAUCUUGCAGUAUUUUCUGAAAGAGGCUCUUCUCUACCUACCUACCCCGCCUCAAAAAUUUUGUGCAGGGAGCCUCUGGCCUGCUCUAUUCUGAACCCUUCCAUCUCUCCUCUCUUCCUCCCAGACUAGUACAUCGGCAAGGUCAUCUCAGGGCUCAGGAAAGAUGUGUUCAAUCAAUCAGUGUAUCUCCCUUUAUGUUCCUCUGAGCCGAUAGCUUUCCUCCUCAGCCCUUCCCCUGACUCCUCACACACUCCAAGCUCUAUACCUUGUCAUUGUCAUUCUCUUCUCCACCUCUCUCAUCUUCAGCCUCUCUCCUGUGACGUUCUCCUCACCUCCAUUAUAGUUGUUCACUCCCUCCCCUGUGCUCCAAAGUCCUUUGUUCAUAACCCUCCUGGCCCCAGCUUCUCCUUGCAUAGUAAGUCGUUUGUGACACGUCUGUCUCUCCCACUAGACUGGUCUUCAGUGUGUAUACACUGCCUGGCACACCUCACUGAAGAAUGAGGAUGGGUUUCGAAGCCACCCUCAUCUCCCCAUCUCCUCUGGAAACACACCUAGAGUCAUACACACCCAGAUUCUAAGUCUUGGAAGGAAAUUCCAAGAAAUUAAUCUACCUACCAAUACUUAAAUUUUCCCUGCAGGCACCAAAUGUCCCCCUACCUCCCUCACGCUCCAAUUCACCCACUUGGCAGAGCUUUCUUCAGCCAGAAGGCCCCAGCACCCCUCCCCACAGAUUUACUGCUAUGACCAUCUUGCUAUCUGGAGCCUGCAUUUUAUUCAUGGGUAUUCUGACACACCUCCAUGAGUAUUUCUAGGACUGUAUUUUUCUAUCUAGGUCCUUUAUUCUAUGGAAGGUUCUCUCCUUGCUGGGGUUCAGGUUAGGUAGUUCGUUGGACGUAAAACUCAGUUAGCCUGAGCUCAGCCUUUGGCACCCAUCAGUGAGGCCCUCAGCCCCAUUCAUUUGUCAACAGAGGCUUAUGGCACUGUGCAGUUAAGGUGACAGGGUGCGUAUGGUUGGAGGUUCACCUAACAUGUGGCAGACUCCAAAUCCAGUGCUCCUACCACUACCAUCCCUGGAAAUAACAGUCUGCACUCUGUCCUCCCCAUGACUAACCCCAGCUUUGGAAUCUGGCCAUUAGUUCUCUGGGCCAGGAGCCUCAGACUUUUUGGGUUUCAACAUUACACUCCUCUCUUAAAGGGCCACAGUUCAGCUGCAUGUCUAGAGAGGGAAAGUAAAAGAUCUGGGAGUGGAGGCACUGGAGGCACUGGGAGGUGCACCUGGGAGGGAGGCACUAAGGCCAGGAUCAGUACUGAGUCCUGCCCACACUUUGACACCACCCUCCCUGUGUAUUGCCUCUGCUUUGUGUGUUCACCUCCCCUUUAUCAAAGCCCUCCCAUCCUUCAAGGCUCUUCUUAUGGUGCCUCCCUCCUUCAGUUGUUUCCCUGAUUUCAUCAGAAUUAAUCUGUCCCUCUAUCCUUGGAACUCUGAUAGCACUUUAACCACUCUAAUGGUGAUAGCUACCUGCUGCUACAUAUCUUAGUAUUUAGGUACACAUUUGUCUGGUUCACCAAAAGCUUCCAGAGAUCAGAAAGAUGUCCUGCUCAUUUUGAAUUCCUCAUGGUGCUUAUCAUAAGGAACUGAUUUUGUUGGAGUCUAGUCUCAGCUCUACCACUAACUAGCUGUGUGUCCUUCAUAAGUCAUCUCCAUCUCUGAGCCUCAUACUUGUAAUGUCUUUAAUAAAGUGUUAGACCAUCUCUAAGGUGCUUUCCAGGUGUGGAAAUCUAUGGCUCUUUGUGUGAAAGGCAAGGAGGCUGGGAUCUGAGCUCUUCAUUUAGCCCCUAUCUCUCAUGUGGUCCUCUGUCUGCAAGACUUCUGGGUUUGACCAGACCUUGGGAAGGAGCGAGAGAUGGAUCACAUCUGAUGAAGCCAGUCUUGGGGACCCAGGACCUGGGAGUGAGGAGCAGGUCAGCCCGGGGGCCAGGCCCCAGGUUGAACCCUGUGCCCACCUCAGUCUCUUCACAGAGCCCUCAGAGCCCCUCUCCGAGCAGCCCAAACCUUUGGAGAUGCCCUUCCACCACUGCCACAGGGACCCUCUGCCUCAGCCGGGUCUCACCCCUGAGAGGCUUCAGGCGCAGAGGCAGCUAUGUGCUGCCUGUGCUGUGUGCUGUGUCUUCAUGGCUGGGGAGGUGGUCGGUGGGUAUUUGGCGCACAGCCUGGCCAUUAUGACUGAUGCAGCCCACCUGCUCGCAGACGUGGGCAGCAUGAUGGGCAGCCUCUUCUCCCUUUGGCUCUCUACCCGUCCAGCCACCCGCACCAUGACCUUUGGCUGGCACCGCUCAGAGACUCUGGGGGCUUUGGCCUCUGUGGUCUCCCUCUGGAUGGUCACUGGCAUCCUCCUGUACCUGGCCUUCAUUCGCCUGCUGCACAGCGACUACCACAUCGAGGGGGGUGCCAUGCUGCUGACCGCCAGCAUCGCAGUCUGUGCCAAUCUGCUAAUGGCCUUUGUGCUGCACCAGGCUGGGCCCCCCCACAGCCACGGGUCUAGGGGGGCAGAGUAUGCACCGCUGGAGGAGGGGCCUGGGGAGCCCCUGCCCAUGGGGAACACCAGCGUCCGGGCGGCCUUUGUGCAUGUGCUCGGGGACCUCCUGCAGAGCCUUGGGGUGCUGGCUGCCUCUGUCCUCAUCUACUUCAAGCCUCAGUACAAGGCAGCUGACCCCGUCAGCACCUUCCUCUUCUCCAUCUGUGCCCUUGGAUCCACGGCUCCUACCCUCCGAGAUGUUCUUCGUGUUCUCAUGGAAGGUACCCCCCGAAGUUUGGGGUUUGAGCCUGUGCGGGAUACACUGUUGUCAGUGCCAGGAGUCCGGGCAACUCAUGAGCUGCACCUGUGGUCCCUUACGCUCACUUACCAUGUUGCUUCUGCACACCUGGCUAUUGACUCCACGGCUGACCCUGAAGCUGUCCUGGCUGAAGCCACAUCCCAGCUCCACUCCCGGUUUGGAUUCUCUAGCUGUACCCUGCAGGUGGAGCAGUACCAGCCUGAGAUGGCCCAGUGCCUGCGCUGCCGGGAGCCCCCCCAAGCCUGAGCCACGGCCCCGCCCUCACCCCACUGCCAGGCCCAGGUUCAGCCCCGGACUCUCAGCACCUGCCUCCCUGCUCAUGGAGAAGGGACAGAGCUGGGCCCGUACCCCUUCCUCUCUUCCUCCUUCCACCUGUCAACUGCCCCGCCCCCAGCCCCAGUGGGCAAGACCAAAGUAUGUGUUGGGGGGUGGGGUGGGAGUCAGGCUGAAUGGGGGAAUCAGUGCACUGGGGGUGUAGAAGUCCCAUGGUCCCUGCUCCCCACCAUCUGAGGAGCCAAGAGUGUCCUUUCCAUACAGUUCAUUUGUCUGUGUGGCAAGCUGGCUGACUGGCUGGGGGCAUCUGCCUGUCUGUGUGCUGUUGUUGUGCCUAUGCCUGGGGGAGGUCAGCAGGGGCCCCCCUCCCCAUCUGGUCCUCGCUCUGUCUAUGCAGGAGCCCCAAAGUGUGCACUUUGUCCGUGUGUUCUAGCCCUGUGGUUUUGUCUUUGUGUGCGUGUGUUUCCUGGUGCUGUGGCCUGUGUGUCUCUGUGCCUGUCUGGCUGUGCUAUGGUCUCUUGAGUCUGCACCAUCCGUGUGUCUGUUUGGGGGUCUGUCUGUCCAUCCCUCUUUUGGUGCUGUCCCCUCGGCUAUCCCAGAGAGAGGGAGGACUCCGCCACAGCUCCACCAAUAAACUUGUGUCUAACUGCA